CGUGCACAUAGUGGGGAAAUCGGUUACAUGACCGGUCGACCCAACAUAUUCCGGAGUCAAACUUGCAAUUUACUUCAAGCAAUGAUAAUAGUUCAUUAUUCGGCUUCAAUCUUUCGGUGACAAUGGCUGGACCUUCUCCCUCACCGUACAAAACUCGAUCGCGAGGUCAACGAUCCAAAAAAGUUAUGUCUGAGAGUGAUUCGAUAGUUACUCCUACCACGCCAACAGCCAGGCGUAUGAGUGGAAAUCAACCCACGUAUCCAUUGGCCUCUCUACUUUGGUCUGCGCGUAGUUCAACAUCGCAAUGGGUGGUACUUCCUUUAAUAUUGAUGACCGUAGGUCUGUUUAGGUGGGCUGCUGGACUUUGGGGAUAUUCUGGAUUUCAAAGCCCACCGAUGCAUGGCGACUACGAAGCUCAGAGGCACUGGAUGGAGAUUACAACGCAACUUCCGAUUUCACAAUGGUACUUCCAUGAUCUCGAAUGGUGGGGAUUGGACUAUCCGCCCUUAACCGCAUAUCAUAGUUGGGUUCUUGGAAAGAUCGGAGGACUUAUAAACCCAUCGUGGUUCGCCUUAUACACGUCGCGGGGACUCGAUGAUCCAACAAUGAAGGUUUUCAUGAGGGCUACAGUUAUCAUUUCCGAAUACUUAGUGUUUGUACCCGCAGCGGUCAUCUUCGUUCGACGAUUAAGUAAGCUUCAAGCUGUAAAUAUAUGGACAGCAUCAAUUGCUCUGACAGCGAUACUUAUGCAACCCGGAUCGAUUCUCAUCGACCAUGCACAUUUUCAAUACAAUACAGUAAUGCUUGGAUUGGUUCUUGCUAGCAUGUCUAGUGUACUAGCUGGCAGAUACAUGUGGAGCUGUGUAUUUUUUGUCAUGGCAUUGGGAUUCAAGCAGAUGGCUUUAUAUUAUGCUCCUGCGAUGUUUGCAUACCUACUAGGAGUCUGCAUAUUUCCUAUCAAUAUUCCUAGGUUCUUAGGAAUCGCGAUUGUUACUUUGGUAUCAUUUGCGGUCCUAUUUCUGCCCCUGUUCUUGGGUGCUCUCUACGAGAAAAGUCAAGGUAUCAGUGCCCGACCAGAGCUUGAUGGUUUCGCAGCGCCAUUACCCAUUCUUAGCCAUCUUUCAUACAAACUUGAUUAUCGCGCUUGGUAUUAUCCUAUCAUACAGCAAAGUGCACAGGUUAUAUACCGAGUGUUCCCUUUUGCGCGGGGUCUUUUUGAAGAUAAAGUGGCCAAUUUCUGGUGCGCGUUAAAUGUCGCUAUCAAGCUCCGAAACUUUGAUCAGGGUCUUCUUCAGAAAGCUUCACUACUUAUCACUUUAGCAUCCAUAACUCCUCCAUGCUUGAUUAUAUUCUUCAAACCACGAAAGGAUCUAUUGCCCUUGGCCUUGGCAACAUCAGCGUGGGGAUUCUUCCUAUUCAGUUUCCAGGUACAUGAGAAAAGCGUCUUGUUACCUCUAAUGCCAAUGACUGUUAUGCUGGCUGGUCGAGGAGGACUUAGCAAAGGAACUCGAUCAUGGAUAGCAUUUGCCAAUGUUCUGGGUGCUUUUACAAUGUUUCCAUUGUUGCAACGAGUAGAGUUGCGUGUUCCUUACUUCGUUCUGGUUCUCCUGUGGCUAUACCUUCUUGGGCUUCCACCCUUUUCUUUUGAGGUGUAUGCGCAGCAUAAUGAUGGCAAUUGGAUAGGAUUUGGAACAACAUUGAUACACACGCUCUUUUAUCAAGCAAUGGUCGCUUGGCAUUUGGGAGAAAUUUUCUGGACGCCACCUGCUCCUUUCCCUGAUUUUUGGGUAGUCAUGAAUGUCGCCGUUGGAGUUUCUGGGUUUGGUAUAUGUUACCUAUGGUGCCUAUGGUCCUUGGCUGUUGAAAGUGGUCUUCUACAGUCCUCGAAGAUGGAAAAGACAAAGGCGAAAGCAAAGAAGGUUCAGUGA